AUGGCAGACAUGAAUACAUUAUCAAAGUGGGAACGAGAAAAAAUGCUGUGGAAGAUAAAAUCAACCAAAAUUAAUACGACAGCAAAAAAAUCAUUUCUGCCCACUGGUUGUGAUGAAGAAUUAAAUCAUUCUAAACUGAAUUAUACUGAGAGACUUAUUGCUAAAGCUACCGCCAAUCCAUUUGUACCUUUCGGAUUGUUGGCCACUUCUGCAUGUGUUGUGGGAAUGUGUCGUGCAACAUUAAGGCAACAAAGACAGCUCGCUCAGUUUUAUAUGCGUAGUAGAAUUGCUUGCCAUUUUUUUACGAUUUGUUUUCUUGUUGGAGGUGCAUUAUAUGCUAGUGAUUUUCAUAUAAACGAAUACUUGCCUCUUCAAAAUCCGAAUGUGCCAGAAACGGGAUCCGAAAAACAAUAG